ACCACAACAACAACAAGAAGGGAUCUACGUGAGGUCACAACAAUAAUCUUCUUCACGCUGUUUUUAUCUUAAACGAGUAAUGAGUAAACUUACGGAUGGAUUACCCAUUGAAAUGAGUGAUUUCAAAUGUCAGCUAAAUGGACUAUUGGCCAUAUUACAGAAGCUUCCAUGUGGAGAACAGCAAGUAGCCUUAGAUCUCCUGCAGUCAACCAUUAAUCAUCAACUUAAUGGAGCUCAACACAUUAAAAAUAAUGCAUCAGAAUCACUGUCACAAGAACAAUGUUUACAAGAAAAUCAUCAGUGCUUGCACCAGAAGAUAAGGAAUACAGAGAUCCACUGUGAUAUGCAACCACAUGCUUCAAAUGAAACGACUGUCCAAGCUUCACUACAUGAAGUACCCAAUAAGAAAUCAUUGCCUAUGUCACAGUAUCAGAGUCUACAUCAAGAAACCAAACAAAAUGGUCACAUAAAGCAUCUUCUUCAAGAAAAGUCAUCAUUAAAUAUUAUCCCACAUACAUCAGACUCAGUUCUACUCAACAAAAAACACAAAGCCAUAGAAGCAGAUAGGAAUAUUCUUGUAUUGCAUAAAACAUUAGAAUCUCAGAAAGCUCAGGAUUCUCAGCAACACACCAUAGAGACAAAGAUAUUUAAUAAAUCUCAAGAGCACACUGUAGAUUUACAAACAAGCAAGGGCUCAAAGCAGACUGUUUUAAGUAUAAAGGAAACCCAGUGUCCACAAAACAUCUUGGAUUUUAGAUCAGUCACAGACCCACAAGAAAACACCUCUUUCUUCAAAACCUUAAAUGAAGAUCAAUCACAGGUCAUAGAUGAAGAAACAGUAUAUGGUACACAGCAAAACACAGACUGUGAGGGUAAUACUGCUGAUUGUCUCCAACAAACUUCAGAUCUUGAACACUCAUAUAAGAUGCUGCCUGUGUCUAGUUUAGAAAAGAUGCACACUUCCCAGAAUAAAACUGUACCCUUACUGUCACAGGAUGAAACACACCAGCUGAGUUCAGGUAACUCUGAAUUAGAUGAUACAGGUCAACAAGUUCAAGAAUUUGCUACUAUUCUCAGACCACACGAUCAAAAUAGAAAGUUGUAUGCACUGCAGGAACCAAAUAGUCCAAAAGAUUUUCAGAGUGAAUGUAGCUUAAUAUCUGAUGAAUCUCACUCGAGAAUUUCAGAUGUAAAACAAGAAAGAAGUGGCGGUAAACAGAGUCUAGGCAAUAGAUGUGUCACAUUUGAUGAUACUAGUAGUUCUAAUUCUUUUAAUGUACCAAAUUUUAGUAACAUACAUGAUAAAGAUAGUUUGUAUCCUGAAGAAACUGCAUAUAUAUUUCCUUAUCUUGAGAGGGACAACAGUGAGAAAAUAUAUUUUAAAAUACAAAAUGUUUCUGCCAGGAAACCUCAAGACAAUUUUGAGAAUGCUCCUGCUAUAUCAUAUUCUAAUGAUAACUUUCUUGAGUGUAAUGCAGAAAGUAAAGACCCAUGGAAUGAUUUACAAAGUGACAAAAAUCCUGUUGACCUUAGUAAUGCUUCCAGUGUUUACAAUUCUGGAAAGAUCAGGAAAGCUGAAAAUUUAGAUCCGUCUUAUGUCAGUUAUGUACAAACAUCCAAAAUGAAAGCAAGAGCAUGUAAAAAUGUUUUAAAUGAAUCAGGUAACAUGGUUAAUAAAACUAAUGAGAAAACAAACAAUUCCGAAGCUAAAGUUAUUCGUAAGAAAAAGUGUCUUACAGGAUUCCCAGGUGAAAUUCGAAGACAAAGGAAAGCCAGGAAAGUCAAGAGUGUGAGUGUGAUAAAAGAAACAGUUAAGUGCUUAUCACAGGAUGGCAACUGUGUACCAUCUUCAGACAAUGAUGCAUUGCAAGUUGAUCUAAAGACAGACAAAAUAGGAUGUGAUAUAGUAUAUGAACAAAUUUCUCAUGAUACUGUGAAGAAGAGUGAGGUGCAUAUAUCAAUGAUGAAACAACAUCCAGCAACUUUGCUUACAUCUCAGAAUUUUAGUAAAAGCUUAACCCAUGGUGUGGAUUCACUGGACAAAAAACAUGCUGAUGAAUGUGGAGAUUCAUGUAAGAGUGGUCAAAUUACAUUAACAAGUAUUCAAGAUACAGUAAGGCUUACAGAAACAAAUCAAGAGGACCAAGGCAAGGAGGUUUCAUCUCCUAAUCUACUACCUGUAUGCUGUAGAAGUUGUAAACGAGAACUUCCUGAUGUGUCACUUCUCUCCGUACACCGGCGUCAGUGUGAAGGACAUUUCUCCUGUACAUUUUGUGAGGCGAAAUUUGUUCAUAAGGUGACAUUUUCACGGCAUAUGGAAGGUCACAAGAAGAAUGUGUGCAGCAAAUGUCACCAGAGUUUUUGCAGUCACAAGAAGCUGAAGGCUCAUAUGAAAUUAGAGCACAAUUUUGAUUUAGUUUCUAACACAUAUCCAUGCCAUAUGUGCAGCAGAACCUUUCUCAAACGAUCCUCCCUUUACUAUCAUCUCAAGAUCCAUGCCACAAGCAAUGAGCAUGUAUGUCAAAAGUGUGGCGUGUUUUGUAAGGGUAACGAAAGCUACAGCUUACAUAUGGCUGAGCACUUUAAAGCCACCAGCUUCCACUGUCAUAUAUGUACAGCUUGUUUCAGGCGGCGGCAGCAGUACGAUGACCAUCUUAAGCACCACACCGAAAACAACUGUAAAAUAUGUGGACAGCCAUUUUACCACAAACGAGCAUUAAUACGCCAUUGUCGUAUAGAACAUAAGACACUGCCUCAAAAUGUUACUAUAGACCGGAAGUAUAAAUGUGAAAAGUGUGACCGCACUUUAAUAGACCUUCAAUGCCCACGACAUCAUUUGCAGUUACAUGGAGGUGUGAAGCCUCUGGAGUGUCGUCUGUGCAACAAGCAGUUCAGUCAUAGGCGGAGCCUUCGCAAGCACAUGAGCAGUACUAUACAUGAGCAUAUGCUUCUCACCAAUAAUUUGCAAAAAGAUCAUGCAUAUGAUCUCAAACAAAAUUUUGCUUUUGUUUGUGAAUAUUGUGGAAUCAAGUUGCCUACAAGACAUAUGCUGUCAAAGCAUAGUCGUUUAGCACAUGAGGUUGGUAUUAUCUGGAGUUGCCCUCAUUGUGAAUACAAGACAAAACGUAAUCAUGCUUUGAAGAGACACAUGGAGCUCCAUUUAGAGAGUCGUAAUUUCAUGUGUGAGGUAUGUGGCAGUUCUUUUCACACGCUUGCUACCCUUAAGGAUCAUCACAGCUUCGUACACUCAGAUGAACGCAACUUCAAGUGCUCUCAGUGUAAUAAAAGUUUUAAGAAUAAAUCUUCCUUAGCACGUCAUUCUCGCACGCAUUCUGAUGACAGGCCAUAUCAGUGUCACUGCGGAGCAAGCUAUAAGAGACUCUCUCAUUUAAAACGACAUAUUUUCUCAGCACACAAUGAAAUCUUAAAAUCAAGAGCAGUGAAAAAGUUCAUGCGGACUGAGGAAACAAAAAACAAUACAGAACAAUCUUUUGACAGGCAAGAUCCAACACGUCCUACAGAAUUUUCAGAUGGUGAAGAAUUUGAAUUUGUAUCUGUGUCUAAUUCUUCUUUAUCCCCAGUAAUACAAACAGAAACUUCAGUAAAAAGUGCUUCUGACGUGCUUCUCCCAGCACAGGAAAGCAUUAUUCUAAUGGGUGAGAGCUCUAAUUCAGAACAGGGGCACCUCAUUGCAGUUGCAGAUUCACAGAUCAUUCAGCUCAUACCUUCUACAUUUCAGUUCCCUCAGGAAAAUACUUUUCAAGCAGUCUCUCUUGUUUCUGCUAGUGAGCUCCACACACUUCCAUUAUCAGCUGCAGCUCCCUAUGGUCCAGUGGCUCAAAAUAACCAGGUAGUUGUAGAACCCUUUAGUCUGAACCAGAAUUCAGACACAAUGGUCAUGGUUCCUGCUUCACAAGAUGAUCAUACUCACAUUGGUGAGACAGAUACAAUUAGAACAACUUUCAGAACACUGGAGACUGAGGCCCUCACUGAUUCUAGCCAUAUUGAGAGAGACAAAAGAGGAGGUAAACAAGGAAUAAGUCUGCAUGCAUUAGAAAGUCACACAGACCUAUCAGUAACCCCCAGCCUGGGUACUUUUGAUUACAGUGCUCCAGCAUCUUCCCAGGCUCUCCUUCCCACACUCCCUCCACCACACUAUAUAACACAUGCACACAAUUCAAAUGCUCAAAUAAAUCAAGAUUUACUUCAGCCAAAUUUAAUAUGUUCUGAUUUCAUCCUUCCUGUAGAUGGUGCUAGAUAGUAGAUGCUGUAGUUGUAACUAUUUCAAUCUCCACUAUUUUUUCUUAUAACUGAAGAAAUCUUUUAUUUUAUUAUUAAAUUAUGCAUAUGCCCAGUGAGAUUAUUAAACUGAUAAAUAAUAAAGAAACUGUGUUGUAGUACUAAUGAUAUUUAACUUAGUUUUUUGUGUUGUACUUUAUAUUAUAAAGGCCCAACGAAUUUUUCCAAUUGUUAAGAUAAUUAUUGGACAAUAUUAUUAUUUUUGUGAAUUCCAAAAGAAUAAAUUUUGAUAUUUUUUACUCGUUCAAACAACAUGCAUAUUUUGUUUCAGUGUAUUAAUGUGCAUGUUAUUUUUUUACUGAAAUAUGUUCAUAUGUAUGGUAUUUCUUUGUUUCAAUGUAUUGAUGUAUAUAUUAGGAAAUUUUUGUAUGUGAAUUCUCCAAAGAAAUGUAUGUUCUAAAAUAUAAGAAAGACUGUGAUAAAAGAAAGUAUUUAUUGCAGUAAUUUCCUGACUGCAGAGCUUGUGAUCACUGUAAACAUCACUUGGUAGGAAAGUGGAGUGUGAGUCACUUUGAAAUUGUAGCCUAAACAAUUGUUGAAGUUAAAAUUAUUCCUUAUUUUCUUAUUUAAUUAAAUAUGAUAUAUCAAGUGAUAUAGUUUGCUAAUUACAGUACUGAUAUUGCCAUGAGUUGAUAUACCAUAAUGCUAAAGGUACAAUUUUGGUCAAAUCCUUUACUCAGAAUCUAGUAAUUUAACAUGUACAGUAUCAAAAAAGUUAACCCUUAAACAUUCUCUCAAGUCAGUUGAAAAAUGUAUGGGUAACAGACAGAA